AUGCGCAGGUUUCCUCUUGCUCUAUCGCUCCAUUACUCCUCCCCACACCGGCGCCGCUGCUCUCGCCAAGAAAUCGAGCAAGAAAUGCCCCCUUUCGCAACGGCAGCGGUGCUUGCAGCAUGUCUCCUCGCAAGCCUUCCAGCCGAGGGGUUCAAUCCUAUGGGAACGAUCGCCGCGACAUGGAGCGGCCAAGACAACCCCGUUCCAGGUGCUUUCUCUGUAUGCGCCAUACAAGCCACGGCUCUCUAUGUAGAAUGCCUGGGAACUUCACACAACAACAGCCUUCCGCCAAAGGAGAAGGAGUUUCUUGCGCUCUCCGGUGGUGGCCUCUUCACUUGCGGCCUCGACUAUGGAUCCCACUUCUUAGUUUGCUGGGGAAUCAUCACUGUCCCGGACACCUUCCAACAGGUUAGCUACACCAGCGUAGCCUCGGGUGGUGAUCACGUCUGUGCGCUACGCGGUGACAACUCAAACGUGGAUUGCUGGGGGAACAUCGAUCAGCCUCCUCCAAAGCUGGCGUUUGCGUCUUUGAUCUCCGGGAAGGGAUUCUCCUGCGGCCUCACUCGAGAGGGAUCAGCGAUUUGCUGGGGGGGACUUAGGCAGGAUGUAGCGCAGCCGGUUAACCAGACUUUCAGGGCCAUCUUUGCUGGAAGUUCCAACGUCUGUGGAGUAACUUCGUUAGGGGACUUAGGCUGCUGGGGAGGAGAUGAUCAUGGCCAGUCUCGUCCUCCGGUUGGAUUUAAGUUCUUGGCGAUUGCUGGGGGCCUGUAUCACACUUGCGGGAUCCGGGCGGAUGAUCGUCGCGUCCUGUGCUGGGGAAACAACGAGCAUAAGCAACUUAGUGCUCCUUUGGACGUACCGUUCUCGGCGAUUGCGGCUGGGGACUUCUAUACGUGUGGAGUGAGAUUGGAUCGAGCCAUGCAAGUGCUUUGCUGGGGGAACUCGGUGGUCUAUCCUCAUGAAGCGAGCUUCAACGUCAGCCCGGCUCCGUGCGUGAGCGCGUGUGGAAGAGACGAGUACCAGUUCGACCAGCUCUCGCUGCCAUGUCCUGUUUUGCGGGACAAGGUGUGCCUGGCAUGCUCACAGUGCCUCCACAUGCAAGAGAUAUCGGCGUGCGGUGCCAGCGCUGAUAGGAUGUGUGGCUUUGGAACCUCUACUACCGGAAGCGCUCGAAGUUAUCAACGUCAGCUUAGAAGAAGGCUUGCUCUAGUGCUGAUAUUGGUGGCGGUGAUCCUGGCCCUGGGGUUUGCAGUGAUUUGCGCUUAUCUCUGCCUGAGACGUAAGGAGGAUGACAGGCAAGAUGCUGGCAAGAAAGAGAUUCCAGCAACCCGGAACGAAAACGAUUUCUCUGCUGCGCCGCGCGUGGUCGCUAUGUCGCCGCUAGAACUUGAAGUUGCGACGGGCUACUAUAGCGAUGAGAUGGUGCUCGGCAAGGGAGCAUUCGGGGCGGUUUACAAAGGCGUGCUAGAGAAUGGUCAAGCAGUAGCGAUCAAACGAGCUAUCAUCUCCAACAACAGAUCCAGCGAGCUCUUCGAGAAGGAACUCCAUUUGCUGACGAGAACUCACCACUCGUGCCUGGUUAACUUGGUCGGCUACUGCAUGGAAGAGAAGCUCCUCGUCUUCGAGUUUAUGUCGAGAGGAUCACUCUAUGACAACAUUUUCUGUGGAUCACGUCCAGACGCUGGCCUCCAGUGGAUUUGCCGGAUCAAGAUCGCCGCUCAAGCCGCUCGCGGACUCGAAUAUCUCCACAAGUACGCCUGUCCGGCGAUCAUCCACAGGGAUGUGAAAUCGGCCAACAUCCUUCUAGACGACGACUGGAACGCCCACGUCUCGGACUUCGGACUCUCACUUUUCGGCCCACUGGGAUCGGCAACUCACCUCAGCAACAUGACCAUCGUUGGAACUCCCGGCUAUCUCGACCCGGAGUAUGGAUUAUCCAUGAAGCUCACGUCCAAGAGCGACGUCUACAGCUUUGGAGUGGUGCUGCUCGAGCUCUUGUCGGGCGCCAAGCCCGUGGACCCGUUCCGGCCAGCGCGGCACAUCGUGGCUUGGGCGGUGGAGCUGAUGGAGGAUGACGCGCUGCACGCGGUGCUGGACUCGGCCCUGGACGUGCCGGCUGCGUCGGGGCCACUGUACCGCGCGGUAGAGCUCGCGCUCGAUUGUACCAAAGUGAGCGGCAAGGAGAGGCCGUCCAUGACGGAGGUGGCCAAGAGCUUGGAGGAGAUUUUGGAGGAACUCCAUGCACAAGAAUGCGAGGCUCCAGUCGACUAUGCAAUCUAA